CGCCUCAUCUUGAGUUGACAGAAGAAACUGAUCUCAAGUCUCAGCCUUUCAGGGAGAAAGACAUUUAUCAGAAUGAACAAGCUCAAUUUUGUUAGAGAGGGAGUGACCAAAUUACCGCCUGGCUUCCGUUUCCAGCCAACAGAUGAAGAGCUUGUCUUUCAGUAUUUGAAAUGCAAGGUCUUUUCCUUCCCUUUGCCUGCUUCAAUCAUUCCCGAGAUCAAUGUUUGCAACUAUGAUCCCUGGGAUUUGCCAGGUGAGUCGGAGCAAGAGAGGUUUUUUUUCAGCAGUAAAGAAGCCAAAUAUAGAAUCGGGAACCGAAUCAACAGAGCGACUGCUUCUGGUUAUUGGAAGGCAACCGGCCUAGACAAACAAAUUACAUCGAGGAGAUAUCAAAUAGCAGGGAUGAGAAAAACUCUGGUUUUUCACAUGGGGAAGCCUCCUCAUGGGUCUAGAACUGAUUGGAUCAUGCAUGAAUAUCGUCUAGUUACUGUAGCAAGCAAAGAUUGCAACUCUCCACUGGCGAAGAACCCAAUAAUCCAGAAUUUUUUAAAUCAUCAUAUGGAAAAGUGGGUUGUCUGUCGUAUAUUUGUGAAGAAAAGAAGUAAGAGAAGUGAGGACGAGAUUAUUCAGAGUUUUUGCAACAAUAACCACGAGGAUAAAAAAUCUAUGGCAGUUCCUCAUGAGCCUAAAUUCUUUUAUUUUAUGAGAGAAAAAUCUGGAAUAACUCCUGCGUCUUCUUCCUCAUCUUCUUCAAGUUCGAGCAGUAUCACAGAGAUUUCUUCAAGUGGAGCAGACCUUGAAGAAAGCAGUAGCCACAAUAUCGUCCGUUGAACUUGUUGAGCACAGAGCGCUAAUUAAGCAGGUGCUAAUCUUUCCCUGCUUGCAGUUGGUUAAUUAUAUAUCUUGUCUAGCUUUCCUUUUUGUUUUGCUGUUGAUAUAAUAGUAGUUUAUUGUUAUUUAACCAAGUAGUCAUGCAACUCUAUUGCAUCCGUAUUGACUUCUGAAAAAAUUCCAUAUAUCUAUAUAAUAUAUAUUGAUCGUGAAUGAGAAGAAGGAAUUAGUCUUUCCAAACAACCUUUUAUGAAAAGCCAUAUCCUUUUCCCAGAGAAAACGAAAUGAGAAGGGAAUAAAAACAAGCAUACGUCAACUUUGCACCAAAGAAAAAAAAAAUUCUCUGGGCCAAAGCACCAGUAAAUAAAAAGAAAGAAUAUCUGCACAUGGGAUUCACUUGAUCAGCUUUUUCCCUGGUCCUGUGUAAAGUGGAACGUCUUAGAAAGAAUAAAUGCCCAUCAGCCCUUUUGCAUUCCUUUAUUUGUGAAAGUGGAUUCGGAGCCCAAAAGUACGUGGUUCAGGUUAAUUUAUAGUAAAAUCAAUGUAGUAUAUAUGUAUACAUCACUUGUAAGUGAAGAAAUCGGUUGAUGAAAUAAUAUUAAUUUAGAUAUUACCUUCAUAGAGUGGAAGUGAGAGGGAGGGUGUAAAGAACCUUUUUUUUUAAUACUAUAUAUAUAUUAUGCAUAUCGAAAGUGUAAUUAGAAAUAUUUACAUUAACUUAUGCAUCAUGCAUUCAGACUUUUGCAUUGUUAGAAACUGUUGGCUUACGUGCCAUUUUGUUGUAAAUUUGCAUUAUCUUAAUUGCUUGCAAUUAUGCAUCCAAGAGAUCACACUCGAAUCUUGUAUCACCUAUUGAAAAUUGCACAACCAAUCAAGAUAAUCAAAAUCAGAACCAGCAGCAGUAGUGAAGAGAAUAAAGCAAGGAGGGUAGCCAAGUUCAACUGCCGAUUUAUGGUUUGUAAACCAAUAAGAGAAUGCGAAAUAACAGAGCUGAUAUCAUCAGCUGUAGCACCAUCUUUCAACGUCGAGUGGCAGUGGCGUUUCUGUUAUAUAUAACCUCUUUUCAUAAACUGUGGUCAAGUCUGGCCAUUUCUGGAAAAUAGUAUAAUACUUGUUAUUGAUUUAAAGGAUAUUUGAGAAAGGAAUAUGCACGUUUCUUAGAGAGAGAGAAAGUUGUAUUGAUCUUAACAAGUUUUACACGUGUAAGCUAGCAAUUGAUGUUUGAUAGAUAUAGUUAUUAUUCCACGGUCGAUGCUUGUCCAAUUUAGUAAAGAUUUCUGAAGUCCAUUAGGGCCCUAGCUAGAGACUGAAUUGCAUGUGCUGUUCAUGGUGGCGUACGUUUCUAACUUAUAAUCUGAUUAGAUAUGGGGCAUCCCAGUCUAGGAGAGCUAAUUUUAGAAUGAAAAACUAUUAUUGUUGUGCAUGCGCAGAUAUCUAGAAGACUAGAUCAUAAUCAAGAUUUUGACCCCUAAAUAUAGAAUGAUCAGGUUACUCAAUUAUUCAUUGUAACACCCCUAAAUUGAUAAAGUUGAAAUGUCAAACAUUUUAUGAUAUAUCAUUUGGAAACAAUUUGACUCUUAACGAAUCAACAACUUCUCAGCAUACCGGCUUGGUAAAAGAGAAAUAGUAAAUUUUCACAAGAUGAUAUGGCCAAGCUUUGAAACAAAUAAUCAAAUGUAUGCAUGUUGUAUAUCUGUAAUGUGCCAGAGUUAAUUACCUAUGCAAGCCAAAAUUUUCAUGGUGUUCGCCUAACCACCCUGGAACCCUUUGGUUCAAAUCCUCGCCUUCCUAACUAUUAAAUCCCGAUUUAUCUUUGGAAUCCUUCCUUCCCUAACCAUCCAUUUGGCUUCCUGUCCCCAACUCUCUCUCUCAGCUUGUUAUUUUCCCAUCUUUCUCUUUAAUUAAUUAAUGGGGCGUGGGGCGUCCAAACUAGACCACCGAAAAGGGGAGAUGCUGCCUAAACUGCCUCCUAUCCUCAGCCGAAAGCUUGAGGAGAUUAGGAGACGCAGGGCAGGGGCAACUCUUUCCAAAAAACAGCUCCUCAAGGAUGGUGAUGAGGAUGAAUGUGCAUCCAUUCAUCACAAUGAACGCAAAAGUUUAUCAUCUUUAUCAUCUCCGGAGCCUGACGAGGAUAGCAUAGGGUCCGCCAAGGUAGCACCAGAGCCAAACGAGCCCAAGGACAUGUUUUCUGAUCAGGAGGUUGUAGCCCAAAAGAAAAGAACAGAACAACAUAAUAAUAAAGAUAACAACAAUGCUGAAGAGGAAGAUAAAGAGAAGGUAGAAGAGUUGGCCCUGGAAGAAACAGAUGCUGAAGAAUAUGGCAGGUUCAGCAAUGUAGAAGGCUCUCUUAUCUGUCCAGGAUCACCAAGUUUCAGAGUAUAUUACAUUGAAUCACUACAGAAUAAGGAGGAUAAUGGCAAGGAUGAUUACAUGAACAAAGGCUCGCUGAGUGAUACCGAUGUAGAUGCUGUUGAGAUUGUUGAAUCCGGGAAGUCCACCGAGGAAUCGGUAGCCAAGAUAAAGAAGAGAGGAAGGAAAGGAAUGAAAUUUAGGAGGGUUGGUAGACCUGUCAAAAACUUCCUGAGCGUCAAGUCGUGCUACUAUCCGUCUUGUGGUGGUCUUGAGAUAUCCCGUUUGAUUGCUGCAAAACCAGCAACAACGUAGGCUGUUCUGCUAUUGUUAAAGAGCGCUUAUCCCUCUCUUUCUUUACUUUUUAUGACUUGUGUAAUUCUAUUCUUUGCAAAGAUAGGAACCGAAUGCAUCAAAUAUUGUACCAUAUGUAAUAGAUAAAAGAAUUUGAUAGCUAAAAGCAAAGUUAUUCUAUCUAACCGGUACUGACACAAAAU